UCCCCAGCGACUGAUGAUGUUAAACCCUUCACUUCUAUGAUUGGCUGAGCCGGAAAAGGCAAGGGCGCUAUUGGAAGUGAACUGGCAGAACGUGAUCUGGGAGGGAGUUUGGGGACCUGGGUCAGCUGGUUGGUAGCUUCUGGCCCACUGUGUGGGUGAAACGAUGGAUCAUGAGAAGAGUCCGGGAGCUGCGCUACUGCGGCUGCUACACCUUCUGUGGCUGCUGCCCCUCUCCUGGACCGCCCUUCAAGUUCCUACUUCAGGAUGGCGGAAUGAUCUGCAAAACCACACAUUCCAGCACACGAUGUUCUGUCAGAAUGGGACUCCCAGUGUGGGACUUUCUGAGACCUAUGACGGGGACCAGCUUUUCUCCUUCGACUUUUCCCGGAACACUCGAGUACCUCGCCUGCCUGAAUUUGCAGACUGGGCGCAGAAGUCUGGAGAUAAUUCUACCAUUCUCUUUGACGAACGAUUCUGCCAAGACAUGAUGCAGAAAAUAGGCCCAAGAUUUGAAGGGCAAAUCCCAGUGUCUAGAGGCUUUCCUGUCGUUGAGGUGUUCACGCUGAAGCCCCUGGAGUUCGGCAAGCCCAACACGCUGGUCUGUUUUGUCAGUAAUCUCUUCCCGCCCACGUUGACAGUGAACUGGCAGCAUCAUUCCACCCCUGUGGAAGGAGUCAGGCCCACUUUUGUCUCAGCCGUUGAUGGACUCAGCUUCCAGGCCUUUUCUUACUUAAACUUCACACCGUCACAUUCUGACCUUUAUUCCUGCAUCGUGACUCAUGAAAUUGACAGCUACACAGCAAUUGCCUACUGGGUGCCCCAGAACGCGCUGCCCUCAGAUCUUCUGGAAAACGUGCUGUGUGGCGUGGCCUUCGGCCUGGGGGUGCUGGGCAUCCUUGCUGGCUCAGUCCUCAUCAUCUACUUCCGGAGGCCUUGCUCAGGUGAGCAGAUCAUGACCACACUCCUGCGGCUGCUGCUGGGCCUCAGCCUGGGCUGUACCGGAGCAGGGGGCUUUGUGGCCCAUGUGGAAAGCACCUGUCUGUUGGAUGACAAUGGGACUGCACGGGAUUUCACCUAUUGCAUCUCCUUCAACAAAGAUUUGCUGACCUGCUGGGAUCCAAACGAGCACCAAAUGGCCCCUUGUGAAUUUGGGGCCCUGCAUGGCUUGGCCACCUCCCUGUCAAUUUACCUCAACACCCACAGAGUCCUGAUCCAGCGUUUAUCUCAGGGGCUCCAGGACUGUACCACACACACACAGCCCUUCUGGGGAUCACUGACCCACAGGACACGGCCACCAUCUGUGCAAGUAGCCAAAACCACGCCUUUUAACACGAGGGAGCCCGUGAUGCUGGCCUGCUACGUGUGGGGCUUCUAUCCGGCGGACGUGACCAUCACGUGGUGGAAGAAUGGGCAGCUUGUCCUUCCUCAUAGCAGUGCCCAAAAGAUUGCCCAGCCCAAUGGAGACUGGACGUACCAGACCCUCUCCCAUUUAGCCACCAACCCCUCCUUCUGGGAUACCUACACCUGUGUGGUGGAGCACGUUGGGGCUGCAGAGCCCAUCCGUCAGGACUGGACACCGGGGCUGUCCCGGCAGCAGAUAGUGAAGGUUUCUGUGGCUGCGGUGACUCUGGUCCUUGGCUUCAUCAUCCUCUCCCUCGGGUUUCUCAGCUGUCAGAGAGCUGGCUCCUCUGGCUAUACUUCCCUCCCUGGGGCCAAUUAUCCAGAAGGUCGGCACAUUUCCUAGAGGCAGGAUUCUACAACUUCCACGCCGAGUGAGAAAGAGGUUUAUACUUGCAGUGAUACUGCAGUGCCCCUCCAACAUUCUCAAAGCCUCCCGAUUUUUCUGGAUCUUAUGAUUUCUCCACCCAGUUCUUUGAAUUUCCUAGUACCCCUCCCCCUCCAUGUAAACCUUAGCAACUUGGGGGAACUCAUUGCUGGGAAUAUUUUGUAACCAAGUUAUUGUCCGAGGCUUAUUUCUGGGGUGAACAUAAUCUGGGGAGGGAAGUUAAAGGCCCUUCUGGGGGCCCCACGUGCCACAGAGGGUGCUGAGUCGCUGUGAUCAUCUCUGAGGAAUAAACUCUGGUGGAAGUA